AUGGCUUCCGACGAGUUAACCCCACGAUUUGAUCCGUACCAGGAGAUGGAGAACUAUUUAGAAAAAGUUGCAGAAGAGCUGGAUGAAGUCUUCAACCAGUUGUCCAAGAAAUCCGCAGAGCCACCCGGAAAGCUUGAGAAGAACUGGCCGCCGAACCGUAGCAGCAAUGAAGCAAAUAAAGACGAUCGUUGCAGCGCAGAAAAUGGCGACUACUUGACGGACGACUUUGGUGGUCGGUUCGAUGACGUUAUACUUGAAUUGCAAUUACCGGAACGGAUUGUUUGCCAGGCAUGUGCUGAAGGAAUAGACGAAAAAGUGUAUUUCAGUGAUAACUGCGGCAGUGGUGUUUUUUCUGACAACAUGCGUUACCGCCUGUCGCCAACCAAACGAAAACGGUGUCGUUCUCGAUCUUUGGAUCAAAGUAGCGUACAAUUACCAGACUGUUAUGAAGACAAGUCAGCUGUGCUGCUCAAAGUCAAGGUACUCAACACCACUCCACCUGCGCCCGUUCGCCGGUCGUCUCUUAACCGAUUUCAAACGAUCAUCGCACAACAACAGAAACAGUUUGAACGACAGGACAGCAGCGGAGGUCCCCACCUGGAAGUGGCCACUCAGACGUCGCCGACUUGUAGUAUGUCUUCGAGCUUCACGUGGUUCUCUGACCGUUCGGACACAGGUAACUGUUCUUCAGCUGAAGAAGAAGCCGUGACACCGUGUAGUUCAACCGACGAUUCGGUGACCGACCACCACAUCAGUUGCGGAUCUUCCACCGAAUCGUCCGUCACCCCUCCUGGACGGUCCGACGAACCCGAGUCCGGUAUUGGAACUGCAUCGCCACCACACCACCGGUAUUCGAAAUCGGGAAACCAGAAAUGCAGAAGGAAAGAGACGUGGGAGAGGCUGCAGAGACGACACGCCGACCGUCGGGCGACCAUCAAAUACACGGAACAACCGGUGUGGGUACCCCCCACAGUGGAAAAUAUAAAAGACCAAUAUCAUCGUCCAGCAACGCGACCGAAUCGGUUGCCUUUGACCAGUGAAUCCGGAUUUCCGGGGAAAAACGUCAUAUCUUACGAGUUGCCCAGCCCGACAGCUGUUUCAUUGGACGGCGGCGGUGGUGGAAAAGUCACCCAAGAAUUGGCGGAUGCCUGCAAAAGCUCGUCUGCUCCACAUCUUAUAAAAUCCACUCAGACGCUGCCUCGCAGGACCAAAUAUACUGGCGGAUCGGAGGAAUGGAAACAUCACAAAUGUCACUCGGAACGAUACUUAGCAGAUCGUACUACAUCUCAAAUAAAACAUUUUAAUAAAAUGCUUAAUGUUCAAAAACAACAACAAUCGAACAAGAACUCUUUUUCUAAAAGAAAAAUAUACCGAUAA